UGAAUCUAGUCAAAAAGACACAUAAGUUACAAUAGUUGUUAACAAAAAAAGUAUGGCGACCAAGAUCAAGUGUCACUAUGAAGUCCUUGGAGUUGAAAGAAAUGCUGACUUGGAUGAAUUGAAAAAGACAUACAGAAAGCUUGCUUUAAAAUACCAUCCAGAUAAAAACCCGGACAAUGUGGAGGAGGCUACUGCUCAGUUCAGGCUGGUCCAACAAGCUUAUGAAGUUUUAAGUGAUCCCCAAGAGAGAGCUUGGUAUGACAAACACAGAGAGGCCAUUUUAAGAGGAGGUUUAGGUGGUGGAGACAAAUAUGAUGAUGAGAGUCUAGACUUAUUCCAGUAUUUUAACUCUACUUGCUAUUCAGGCUUUGGUGAUGAUGACAAAGGUUUCUAUGCUGUUUAUAGAAAAGUCUUUGAGACUUUAGCUGAAGAAGACUAUGUUUAUAUGCCAGACAGGAAAAAAGAUGAAGAGUUUCCCAAGUUUGGUGACCCAGAAUCUGAUUAUGAUGAGGUUGUUGGUCCAUUCUAUGCAUUCUGGUCCAGUUUCUGCACCAACAAGUCCUAUGUGUGGGAGGAGAAGUACGACACUCGUGAAGCUCCUGAUCGAAGGUGUAGGCGUGCCAUGGAGUCAGAAAACAAGAAACUCAGGGAUGCAGCAAGAAAAGAAAGAAAUGAAGAAAUCAGGAAUCUAGUGGCUUAUGUGAAGAAGCGAGAUAAAAGAGUUCAGGCCUAUAAGAAAAAGCUAGAAGAGAGACACGCAGAGAUUGAGGCCAAGACCAAACAAAAACGAGAAGAAGAACUGAGAGAGAGAAAAAAGCAGCUAGAGAAUUACAAGGAAGCUGGCUGGUCAGCUAUGUCUGGGCUAGAGAAGGACCUGCAGCAGCUGGAGGCUCAUCUUGAUGAACACUUUGGUGAAGUGAAUGAUGGUCCUUUAGAUGAAAAUGAUGAGCUAUGUGAGAAUGGGGAGGAGGAACUUUAUUUGGAUGACCUUUAUUGUGUGGCUUGUAACAAGUCUUUCAAGAGUGACAAAGCAUUUUCUAAUCACGAGAAGUCACGCAAGCAUAAAGAGAUGGUGGCCAUUAUAGCGCAGGAGAUGCAAGAUGAAGACCAGGAUGGAGAAGCUGAUGAGGGUGGUGGUGAACCCUCCGCGGAUGUAGGGGAGGGUAACUCUAUUUCAUCAUCAGAGGAGGACACAGAAGGACAAAAGCAAAAGUUGUCAAAAAAACAGAAGAAAAAACGUAGACAGAAGGUUGCUGUGAAUUCAGAUGAAGAUCAGUUGUCUGAGCAAGUGGAAGCACUCAAAGUUACAGAUGAAACUCCAGAAAAAAGUUCAACAAAAUCUAAGAAGGCCAGAAGGAAAAUUGCAAAACUUGCUGAGUCAUCUCUGAAUUAUUCAAAGUUUGUUACAUCUGAUCAAUCUAUCUUUCCACAGAAGACUACAACAGUUACUGAGGAGAAUGUCAAGGUCAAUGGAGUAUCACAUUCUAGUGAUGACAAACAGGAAGCUGUGGUUUCCAAUGACUCAGGGGUAGUUGAGAAUGGGUCGGACGAAGUCAGUGAUAACACUGUCUCCUUGGCAACCGAGUCCAAGAAAAUGAAUGAAACAAACCCAGCUCAGCCCCAGAAGGAUGACAGCAGUGCUAAAAAUAAAACCAAGCCCCAAAAGGUCAAGGAAUCUUUAAAAUGUAAUGUCUGUCAUCGAGGCUACCAGUCUCGGAACAAACUGUUUGAACACAUCAAGCAGACGGGUCACGCCAUGAGAGUGGAGCCAGGGGAGGAAGAGGAAGAUGUGGUGGAAGAGGAAAGAGGCAAGAAAGGAAAGAAAAAAUCCAGAAGAUGAUGACAGUUUUUUUUAAAAAUAUGUAAUGAAUUUAGGAUUUUGUUUUAGUUAAUUUCAAUCUUAAACCUAUUCAAGGCAUUUGCACAUUACCCAUGUAAUAACAUCAGAUGUUAGUUGUUUUUUUUUUUUUACCAUUCUGUCUAAUUGUAAAAUUUUAGGAAUUUUGAUGGACCACAAAGUUUGUUUUUAAACUGUUCACUUAGAGCUAUUUGAUUCAUUUCUUUGUGUUUUUAAAUUUGUCAAUUACAAUAAGGAAUUGUUUAACUUUUUUUUAUAAAAUUUAUGAUACAUUUAAUCAUUAACUUCUGUUAGUGGUUAUAUUAAACUAGGUCAGGUUAUCCAUGUUUUGUUUUUUGCUGUUGCUGAGCUAGAUCAGAAGAGAAAAAAAAACCCAGGUUUAUUGUUUUGUUUUUCUUUAAAUUAAAGCCUUAAUUAACAACUCGAAUUUGUAAAUUCUAGCAAAGCAUCUCCAUCCAUGGGUUCUUUGUUAGAUAGUAUUAGGACAUUUAACUUUACUUAUAGUAACUGAUUUAAAGUCCAUCUCUCUCUCUAUAUAUAUAUACUCCACAUUUUACUCCACAUUUUAAUCGAUGAAAUUUAGAUUACACUUUUAUGGUUCCCUUCUCUCUUUUUAACUAUUAGCUCAAACAGCUGGACAACUUCCUGUAGCCAUCACCACAUUAGACUUAGCAAUGGACUACUUAACAUAUCUGUAAUAGAAGCAUUGCAUCCAUGAAUAAAUGUAAGAACAAUGGUCAAAUCAGUUGUAUUAAAUAUAAUUUAUUGAGAAGAUAUAAGAGGUAAUGAUAGUUAUGACAUGGCUAUACAAAGACCAGG